AUGAUACUUACUCGUGCACGCUUUGGACCGCUCAAUAGGCGUGUACCCCUGGUAUUUUCCCUUCGCCAAAUUCAUGCUACUCAGACCCGCUGGGAUGCCCCCCGGUCAUCACAGCGAGCACCGAAUAGCGGAAAAGACAAGAUAUGGAGCAACGCAGAUGAGGCUGUUCAAGACCUUGAGGGAGGAAAGACUUUGCUUAGUGGAGGUUUUGGACUAUGUGGGACGCCGGAUACACUUAUCCAGGCACUCGCGCGGCGACCAGAAGUCAAAGGUCUUACGGCGGUCUCCAACAACGCAGGUGUGGGAGAACGCGGUCUUGGCAAACUUCUAUACACCGGCCAAAUAUCCAAAAUGAUAUGCUCGUACAUCGGGAAUAACAAAAACCUUGAAUCUUUGUACCUCGCUGGAAAAGUCGCUAUCGAACUUACGCCCCAAGGUACUCUUGCCGAAAAGAUUCGUAGCGCCGGGGCAGGUGUUCCUGCGUUCUUCACGCCGACUGGGUUUGGAACGGCCGUCCAGGCUGGUGGCAUGCCGAUCAAGUAUCGUGAAGGUACAGAUGGUGAGAUUGAGAUUCCUGGCUUGGCCAAGGAAGUUAGGGAAUUCGGUGGCCGUCAGUAUAUUAUGGAACAUUCUCUGCCAGCGGAUUAUGCGUUCGUUCGGGUACACAAAGCCGAUGCUUAUGGAAACUGCCAGUUCCGAUAUGCGACUCAGAACUUUUCCUCCGUGAUGGCCCGUGCAGCCAAGCUUACGAUCGUUGAAGCCGAGGAAAUCGUGCCCGUUGGUGCUAUCGACCCCCAGCACGUGCACUUGCCCGGUGUUUAUGUGGACCGGAUCGUUCCUGCUACCGCACCCAAAGAGAUCGAGUUCAGGACAAUCUCUCCCGGGAAAGAUGCCGCUAUUGAUGUCGACGCUGCGCUUGGCGAGAAAGGGGAAGCCCGGGAGCGACGAGAGAGGAUCGUAAAGCGCGCGGCCAAGGAGCUCAGAGAUGGAUACUACGUGAACCUUGGUAUCGGUAUGCCCAAUUUGGUCCCGUCGUUCUUACCCAAGGGCAUUACUGUCCACCUACAGUCUGAGAAUGGAAUACUUGGGAUGGGACCUUAUCCUACUGAGGAAGAAGUCGAUGCGGAUAUCAUCAACGCCGGUAAAGAGACGGUUACAUUGCUUCCCGGCGCCUCCGUCUUCAAUAGCGCGGAGAGUUUCGGUAUGAUUCGCGGCGGUCACAUCGACGUUGCCAUGCUUGGAGCCUUCCAGGUUUCUCAAGCAGGAGACUUGGCAAACUACAUGAUUCCACGAAAGAUGGUCAAGGGAAUGGGUGGUGCGAUGGAUCUGGUGUCUAAUCCUGAUGGAACCAAGGUCAUCGUCAUGAUGGAACACGUUGCAAAGGGAAACAAACACAAGAUUAUGAAGGAGUGCGCACUCCCGUUGACUGGCCCCCGUUGUGUAUCGCAAAUUAUCACCGACCUCUGCGUGUUCGACAUUGAUCGAAAGCAGGGCAAGAUGACUCUUACUGAGCUUCAGCCUGGUGUGACGCUGGCUGAAGUGAGGGAAAAGACGGAUGCGGAUUAUGAUGUUGCGCCGGGUGUGAAGGAGAUUCCUGCGUGA